AUAUCUCGGACAGCAGCUGGCGCCAUACAGCAUUUUGCAAACAAUACUUGUAGCGUAUAUAUUACUUACUCAAAGGAGGAUGAAGCGGUUCGAAGUAUACAGUCAGUACAUGGGUUUGUUUUAGAGGGUAGACCAUUGAAAGCCUGUUUUGGGACUACAAAGUACUGUCAUGCAUGGCUGAGAAGCAUGCCUUACACCAAUCCUGACUGCUUAUAUUUGCAUGAGUUCGGAUCACAAGAGGAUAGCUUCACCAAAGAUGAAAUAAUCUCUGAAUAUACAAGGUAUUCAGCUUAUAGAACAUAGUAUUUGACCAUUCUGCGUAAAAUGAUACGUUAAUGAUACAUAAUAUAAGCAAAGAUCCAAAGUAAUAAUAGCUUCACAAGGCACCUGAUUAAUGGACUUGAAGCAUCUUUUGAUCCAGAACUAAAAACUUGCAUGAGUUUUACUGAUAAAGGAGGUCCAGUAGAUCUCAGUACAGUGG